GAGUUGGGUUUACACUUUAUCCUCCCUCUUCACCGCAUGCCCCCUCUUUUCCUUACAACUCAUACCCACACACACCUCUUUUUUCUCUCUCCUCAAUUUCUCUUCUCUACCAUUAAACUUCCCCUAAAAAUCAACCAAUUUCCACCAUGAAAAGAUCAAUGUCCUCUCAACCUGAUCUUCCUCACACUCCCAAAAACACCAAAAAACUCAAAUUCAAACAAAUUCCAGAUCAAAUCGACGCUAAAACCGAUGAACAUGUAAUGAUUUCUUCUCAAAUCGACUUCGAUUGCGACUCUGAAUUCGCGAAACUCGAUGAAAAUCUACUUUACGAAGUAUUCAAACACACCGAUGCUAAAACCCUAGCUAUCGCAUCGUGCGUGAGCAAGCAGUGGCAUAGGACGGGGAACGAUGAGCGGCUUUGGGAGAUGAUUUGUACGCGCCAUUGGAGUAACAGCAGCAAUUGUAGUACGCAGCAAUUGCGAACACGAUCUGUUGUUCUUGCGCUCGGCGGAUUUCGGCGACUUUAUGCGCUUUAUCUCUCGAAAACUGCGCCUACUGCGCCUCCGAUGCAAGCGCGCGUUGUUAAAGGAGGUGGGAAAAGUUGGGGGAAAGAUGAGGUGAAUUUAUCUUUAUGUCUUCUUUCGAUUGGGUAUUUUGAGAAGAUGAAUUUGGCUAAUAAGAAACAGUGAAUAGUUACGAUUCUUAAUUGUAUUGUACUGCUAUUGUAUUUGUAUUUGUAUUUUUUUUAGGGUUUUUGUUUCAUGAUUUGGGUUUUUACCAAAUUUGUUGUGGUUUUUUUAGAUUGUGCGAAUAAUUGUUGUGAUUUGCUGUUCUGAGAUUGAUUGUGUAAUGUUUUUGUGUUGUAUACAUGAUUAUUCUCAGAUGAGAUGAGAUGAGAUGAGAUUGAGAGAAUGUUGGAGAAAUAAAUCAAGCAUGUUAUGUUGUUUUGACAAA